AUGACAAGCUUAUCUCUGGCAUCAAAUGGUGCCAACGGCAGACUGAGUACCUGGCAAGGUGCAGGCGCUGCGGAGUCUGACUUGCGUAGCGAUACGAUGACGAAGCCGACAAUGUCCAUGCUCGAGGCAAUCGCACAAACUACUCUGCUGGACGAUGUCUUCAACGAAGACCCCGUGACAAACGAGCUGCAGGAUUAUGUCGCGCAGCGUACAAAACACGAGGCUGCCUUGCUCGUCAUGUCCGGUACCAUGGGAAACCAGGUUGCGAUUCGCACUCAUCUGGUGCAACCGCCGUAUUCGGUACUGUGCGACCACCGAUCUCACAUUUUCUGCUACGAAGCUGGAGGUGUCAGUACAUGGACCGGCGCCACAAUGCAGCCAGUUAUACCGGAGAACGGGAUCCAUCUUACGCUGGAGGAUAUUCAGAAACAUGCGGUCGUGGGCACUAACAUCCACUACUGUCCCACGAAGCUGAUCAGUUUGGAGAACACACUCGAUGGAUUGGUCAUGCCUUUGAGCGAGGCCCGCCGGAUCACGGAAUGGGCGCAUUCACAGGGGAUCAAGGUGCACCUUGACGGUGCCAGGCUGUGGGAAGCGGUGGUAUCAGGUGCUGGCAGUCUGUCGGACUACGCCAGUGUGUUUGACAGCGUGAGCCUGUGUUUCUCCAAAGGCUUGGGUGCGCCCAUUGGCAGUAUCAUCGUUGGCUCUCAGGAAUUCAUCGAAAGAGCUCGCUGGUUUCGCAAAUCCAUCGGUGGUGGUGUCCGCCAGGCUGGUGUCAUCUCGGCAGCUGCCAAGGUUGCCGUCGAGGAGACGUUUGGCCCGGAUCAGGAUGGCAAAGGAGGUAAGCUGCAUGAGACGCACCUCAAAGCCAAAAAGGUCGCCGAGCUUUGGACCAGCCGAGGCGGAAAGCUGCUUCAUCCCGUGCACACCAACAUGGUCUGGCUCGACCUGAAUGCCUCUGGCGUGGGCCCCAAUGACCUUACCGACAUCGGCAAAGAGAAGGGCCUGCAGCUCCUCGGAAACCGUGUUGUCGUGCACUACCAGGUCUCCAACGAAACGAUUAACCGGCUCGAAGAGGUGUUUGAUAUCGCCAUCAAAGGGCAAUACCAACGCAGCGAUGACCACAGUAAAGCGUAUGGCAGUCGGUAA